AUGUCUGAUCUUUCGAACGGUCAACAAAAACAACUUGGCGUUACGCCACCCAUUGCUUUAAAUUACCCUUCUCCAAGAGAAUACGAAGUUACAGAUUUGUUGGUUCAAGAACUCACUGCUCAAGGCACUUUUGAAAGUGAUGAAGAGAGUCGUCGUCGUGAAGUGGUUCUUGGAAAACUAGACAAACUCGUUAAAGAAUUUGUUUAUAGAAUAAGUAAAAAAAAAAAUUUACCUGAAGCAGAUGCUAAAGAGGCUGGUGGGAAAAUAUUCACCUUUGGUUCAUAUAGACUAGGAGUCCACGGAACUGGAUCUGAUAUUGAUACACUUUGUGUGGUUCCUAGACAUGUUUUACGUGAAGAUUUUUUUACUGAUAUGGCCGAAUCUCUUGAAAAAAAUACUGAUGUUACAGAGUUGACGAGCGUCACUGAUGCUUAUGUUCCUGUAAUCAAAAUGAAAUUUCAAGAUAUUCUUGUGAUACCAGAUGAUCUUGAAUUAAGAGAAAAUUCGCUCUUAAAAAAUUUGGAUGAUGCCUGUAUUAGAAGUUUGAAUGGAUCUAGAGUAACAGACGAGAUAUUGCGACUUGUACCUAAUAUACCAGCUUUUAGAACAUCAUUAAGAUGUAUAAAAUUAUGGGCAAAAAGGCGUGCAAUUUAUUCAAAUGUUAUGGGCUUUUUUGGUGGUGUUGCUUGGGCAAUGUUGGUUGCUCGUAUAUGUCAACUAUAUCCAAAUGCAAUUGCAGGAGCAAUUGUAUCAAGAUUUUUUAGAAUAAUGUAUCAAUGGAAAUGGCCACAACCUGUAUUAUUAAAACCUAUAGAAGAUGGCCCACUCCAGGUUAGAGUAUGGAAUCCAAAGUUGUAUCAUGGAGAUAAGUUUCAUUUGAUGCCAAUUAUUACACCAGCAUAUCCUUCUAUGUGUGCAACACAUAAUGUUACAAAGUCCACAAAAAGAGUAAUUGAGGAUGAAUUUAAGCGAGCUGCUGAAAUUGCUGAUAAAGUGAUGAUUGGUACUGGAAAAUGGGUUGAUCUUUUUACUAAACAUACCUUUUUUCAAAAUUAUCGAUACUAUCUCCAAAUAAUAGCAUCUUCGGAUUCAUCAGAAAGACAAUUGAAGUGGUCUGGAAUGGUUGAAUCGAAAAUUCGUCACUUAAUAUCUAAAUUAGAGACUGUGGAAAAUUUAACCUUGGCACAUCCUUUUGUGAAGGGGUUUGACAAAAUUCAUCAUUGUACUACAGAGCAAGAAGCUAAUGAAUUUUUAAAUGGAAAUUAUAAUUUUAAACCAAUUAGUGAAGAAGGUAGCGAUCCUGUCGAUACCAAACCUACUUCCAAUGGAACCGAGGAUGGCAGUAAACCACCAAAUACCACCACAAUUGUACGAACCAUUUAUUCAACAUUCUUUUACAUUGGUUUAGAAGUAGAAAACCCUACAGCCGGUUCUUCAAAACCUAGACAACUAAACAUUUCUUGGCCUACAAUAGAAUUUAAUAAAUUGGUUAAAAGUUGGGAUAAGUAUGAUGAAAUAAAUACAGGGAUUGCAGUUAAAUAUGUUAAACGUUCACAGCUCCCACCUGACGUUUAUGAGGAUGGAGAACAACGACCCACCAGUCUUAAAAGGCCAAAGUCUGGGAAGAAUAAAUCAAGUUCAAGUAGCGAACAACCUACCAAGAAGCGCAAAAAUUCCAUUGGGUCAACAGAUCCAUUAUUGUCCACAGUUGAG